UUGCAGAACUCAAUCCGACACAAUCUGUCUUUGCACAAUCGCUUUAUGCGUGUUCAGAAUGAAGGCACUGGCAAAAGCUCUUGGUGGAUGAUCAAUCCAGAUGCAAAACCAGGAAAAGCGGCCCGCCGCAGAGCUACCAGCAUGGAGACACAGAAAUACGAGAAGAAACGAGGCCGUGUAAAGAAGAAGGUAGAAGCCCUCCGAAAUGGAGCUACGCCGAGUCCGAGUUCCUCAGUAUCUGAAGGCCAGGACCAAUUUCCAGACUCACCUGUGCAUCAUGGCUUCCAGUUGAGUCCAGAUUUCCGUCCGAGGGCCUCAUCCAAUGCUAGCUCAUGUGGUGGCCGCUUAUCGCCAAUACCAGCAGUCGAAUCGGACAUGCACGAUAGUGACAUGCCCCCUCUAUCACCCAUACCUUGGAAUUCGCCGGAAUUAGUACACCUAGGCGGCUAUGAACCUCCUCCAUCCGCGUCCACAAAUUCAAUGGACAGGUUUACGACAGAUCAUUUGGUAAAGUCCCUUGCUGAAUCAAUGAAAUUGAGAAAUGGAUCUGCUGGAGAUCCAGAUGGCGGUUUUGGACGACUUACGGAUUGUGCUGUGAAGCCCAUUUCCAAUGGUCGGCCUUCACCUCAGCAACUGAGUUCUGGUGGAGGUUAUACAAUGAAUUACAACCCUCAUUACGGCAGCAAUGGUGGAGUGAGCCAUAAUUCUGGUGAAUACCGGCCUCAUUCUUAUCAGCAGCAGGCCAGUCCUGAUCCUUUGAGUGCCAUGGCCAAGAGGCAUUCACCACCUCAUCAACCACAGCAGGUUAUUGAAACCGUCAAUGGCAGGCCAUAUACACUGACACGCUUACAGACCAUUAGUCAACAUCAUACAAUGGCACCACCAACGCAGCUUGAUGGAAUGCCUCAGUAUCGGCCUGUAUCAUUCAUGGACAGUGCAGACUCUUUAGUGAGAGGUUCAACCCAUCACCAGCCCCAGCAACAGUCUCUGUACAAAGAAAUAAAAGAGGAACGCUUGUCACCUAUGCUUGCACCAUGCUCAGGCACGCCACAGGCACCUGCUCCCUCCUACCAUCAGCACAUGAUGAACCAACAGCAGCAACAACUGCAGCAGCAACAACAGCAAUCUUCAGCAACUUCCUUGGUAAAUACAGCUAGCCAUGUAGUUGGGCACCUUUUGUACAACUCUCUGCCACAGGAUCUGGACUUUGAACCUCUUCCUGAAGGCUUGGAAUGUGACGUUGAUCAAGUUAUUCGACAUGAACUAAGUGUUGAUGGGAACCUGGACUUUAAUUUUGACCCAUCUGCAAUGAAUGGCUCUUCUACGAGCUCUCAGCACCACCAGACUGCUAUAACUUCUACUAGAUCGUGGGUGCAUUGAAGUGAUUUGGGGUUGUCAUGAGAGAUAACGUUAGAGAAAAUAUGCUUAUAAUGGUUAUUAUAGUGCUGUUAUUCUCGCAUUUAUUUUACCUUGCAAAGGGUAACGAAAUGUUAAGAAAAUAUUUAUGUUUAAUAUAAAUUUUUUAAGUGCCUCAACAUUUUAAUUUUUAGUAAAUGCUUAAUUUUUAACUAAACUUUAUAAAAGAUUUUGUUUUUAAAUUUAAGCACCUGGAAAUCGUUAUAUGUCGCUGAGACAAAUAGGUAAAUCUAUUCCUCAAGUUAUUAAAAAAUUAAUAUUUGGUAGACACCUGUUUAUAUGAUAAAUGGAAGAUAUUGUUUUCAAAGCAUAAAAUGUGCAACUGUAAAUCAAAUUUUAUAUUAAACUAAGUAGUAAUACAUUUUAAUUUUUAUUGAAUUUUAAAUAUGUUACAAAAUUUUAAAUUUUAACUUUUACAUUUAAAAUUUUUUUUGUCCGCUUUUAAACAACUGACAUUUUUUAUUUAAAAUAUUUGUUGGAAAUUAUAUAUUACUGUGUAAUUAUAUGAUAAGUUCAGGUCAUUUCAUGUAAAAAAUUGUAUAUUCUGAAUAUUUUUUACAUAUACACACACUAACUUUUUCACCCUUUUCAUGAAUUUCCACAUAAUGAUAGCCAUUUUUUCAAAAUUUAGUUAAGCCAAAGUAAGCGUAUGAAAGUAUUUUUUUAAAAUUUAUAGGAAAUGUAUACGGGUUUUUAUGAAAAGGUGCUAUAAAACCAGCAUUUUAAAAUUGUAACGCAUACAUUUUAAUCAAUGAAGUGGGAAAUUUUUUUUUAACAUUUCAUACCUUCUGCUUGUGAAAUUUCAUGUAUUGCCAUCUUAAAUGAAUUAUUUAUGCAAGCCAUGCAAAGCAGGUUUGUUAAAUUUUCAUAUUGGCCAUUGAAAGAGAAGAGAAAAAUUAACAUGCUUCAAAGAAAAGCCAGAAAUGCAUGUUCUUUCUUUUGCCAUAUUUCAGAGUAACAUUUUUCACUGUGUAUUUUAUCACAUGAGAAUGGACUAUGAAGACUGUACGAGGAUAUUUCUAAAGAAUUAAUGAACAUUAUCGUGGAUAUCAGUUUUUGUGAAAUCUGAGGCUUUGCUGAAGUCUGACUACUGAAAAAAAGUGUACAAAAUAUUUUUGUUUCUCCUCUUUCUUCCGGUUGUUGUUAUAGCACAAUAUUGUGCAUUUUCAAAGGCCUCUAUAUAUUUGCAACAAUUGGAGUUUUUGCUGAAGCUUAGAUGUUUUCAUGAGUAAACAGCUGUUUUGUAAAUAUAUAUAUAAAUAUAAAUAAAGUAUAUAUAUAUAUACACACAUAAAACUGAGUGAUUAUGUGUUAGAGAGUUUGAAGGUGAUUAGAUAAAGAAAAUCGUGUUUCUAAUGAGAGGAAUAUUAGUGAACUCGAACUGAACUUGUGUACAUGCAUCUGUCUUUAACACACAAAUCUGCUGUAUUUAGUAUAUUAGAUGGCUAAUGUAUGAGAAGUAUGGAAAUUUGCAUUAAAAUCCAUCAAUAUGUAGCUUUCCAAUUGUUUAUUAAAUAUAUGUAAUUAUUUAAAUCAUUGCCAUAAUGUUUUUGUUUCAGCACAUUCUUUUAAAAACAACAUUUUAUUUAUUUUCAUAAAAUUUGAAACUAAUGUUAUGUAUUAUAUAUUUUAAUUGUAUAAUUUAAUGAUAUAAAUAAAUUUUAUAUAUUCUAGAUAUUUACAUGUAGGAAAUAAAUGCACAUGUUUGAUUCGAGAUUAGAACAGAAUAUGUCCGAGUGGGUGGGAAGUCUUGUUUAACAUAUUUUCAAGGUUCUGAUGGG